AGUGCGAGACGAGAUCUCGUUGCUGUUGGUAGUGUCUUCUUAGUUUUUUUCCUUUCUAACUUUGAAAUAUUUAUAUAAAAAAAAAACAAAAUAAAUUUAUACUUAAAACUUAUAGUGAAUUAUUUUCUUUAUAUAAUAUUUAGUUUGGAUUUUGUGUGUUGUAAAUAAAAUUGAAACAAAUAUUUAACUUCUACCAAACCAACAAGUGUGUGUUUUUGUUUUCUUAAUUUAUAUAAAAAAUAUUUAUUUUUUUUUUUUUGUUUUACAUUAUCAUUUGCAGUUUAUUUUUUAGCGAACUUUUAUUUUAAUUUUUGUUGUAAACGAAUUAAUAUAAAAAAAACAUAUUAAAAAAGUGUUAAAUUUAUAAAAAAAUGCAAAUUAAUUUGAAACCUAACAAAAUAUAAAGAAAAUUCAACUGCAUAUAAUGUAACGAGUUUUAAAUUUUAAAAUCGAAUACUGAAAAAGGUGAAUUCUCUUGAUGAAAUAUUUCACCUAAUAAAUUUAAAACCGUAACAGCAACUACAUCUAACAAUAAUAGCUGCUGCAAUUUUACCACAAAGCAAAACAAACAGCAAGGAAAAUCAAAUUCAAACCUCAAAAAUUUAACCAGAAAAAAAUCCAAUAGGUCUCUCUACAAGAAAAACUCAGCUGCAAGGAUUUACCGUCAUCACACACAGUGCGAAACGUCAACACUUUCCAUCCCUUCAUUCAUAGAAUUCUCCGCCAUCUACGAAAUUCCUUCAACAUUAUUACAACAACAUCAACAAAUAUUGUCGUCGUCUAGCAUAACAAGAGUUUAAGGCAAUAUUCUCUUUUACAAGACUCUUGCUCUUCAUCAUACCCAUAAAGCAUCUCAAACUAACGUAAUAUUUCUGUAACGCAAUGCAAUCGACUGAUACUGGUGGUGAAUUGAGACAACAGCAUAACACAUCAUCAACCGCGACGACGAAUUCCGCCAAGACGGGCAUCAACGAAACGACAACAUCCUUCACCACUACCAAUACACCGAACUCAACAGCACUCAACAACGAUACACCUAGUAAGAAUCCCUUCAAACAGCAACUAAGUCAACGACAGCAACAGCAGCAACAUAAUCAAAAUGGCCACUCGGAUGCGGCCCACAAUGCCGAACGUGGCAGUAACCUUAGUGGCAUAUUGGGUGUGGGUGCUGCAUCAGCAACCUCCAACAAUGAUCACAAAAUGACCUCACCCUCGGGUAAUGGCAGCGGUCAAGCUGGAGCAGCUGGUGGUGGCAGUGGACCACCUAUACCACCACCAGAUCAUAGUCGUCAAGAAGAUUAUAGAGCUGCCGGGUCCUGGGCCGCCUUUAAGAAUUGGAUGAUCGGAUGGCGUGGUUCCAGACGUUUGGUAUUGGUAAUUGUGGCCAUUGCUUUACUUUUGGAUAAUAUGUUAUUGACUACAGUCGUUCCUAUUAUACCUGAGUUCCUUUAUGAUAUACGCCACCCAGACGCACCCUUGGAUAGUUUUCCACGAACUCCUUUAACCAUACACACACCACCGCCACCCACCCAAUGUCCCUGCCUAAAAGAUGGUGAAGCCAUACCCACUUACGAUGUAUCAACACUUAGUCCAGAGGAAAAUGAAACAUUUUAUCGUGAACUGGAGGAAAGACAUCAGGAAUUGGUGGGAGAAACGGUGGAAGUAGGUCUACUGUUUGCCUCCAAGGCAUUUGUGCAGUUAUUGGUUAAUCCAAUUGUCGGGCCAUUAACACACAGAAUUGGUUACAGUAUUCCCAUGUUUGCCGGUUUCGUUAUUAUGUUUGUAUCCACAAUAAUCUUCGCUUUUGGCCGCUCUUAUUUGGUGCUCUUCAUUGCUCGUGCUUUACAAGGUAUUGGUUCGUCUUGCAGUUCUGUCUCCGGCAUGGGUAUGUUAGCCGAUCGUUAUACUGAUGAUAAAGAACGUGGCAAUGCUAUGGGUAUAGCCUUGGGUGGUUUAGCUCUGGGUGUUUUAAUAGGUCCUCCGUUUGGUGGUAUAAUGUAUGAGUUUAUUGGAAAAUCGGCACCAUUUUUAGUACUUUCGGUAUUGGCUCUGGGAGAUGGUCUGCUACAAUUGUUUAUGCUACAACCUUCGAUACAGAAAGCCGAGACAGAACCUCCCACUCUAAAGGCCUUGAUAUCGGAUCCUUAUAUAUUGAUAGCAGCUGGUUCUAUUACUUUUGCCAAUAUGGGUAUUGCUAUGCUGGAACCUUCAUUACCUUUAUGGAUGGUUGAUAACAUGGGCUCUAGCCGUUGGGAACAAGGUGUGGCCUUUCUACCGGCCUCUAUAAGUUAUCUAGUGGGUACCAAUCUAUUUGGUCCUUUAGGCCAUAAGAUAGGCAGAUGGUUUGCCGCCUGUUUAGGUUUGGUAAUUAUAGGAGGUUGUUUGAUAAUGAUUCCCAUGGCUACUUCCAUUACCCAUUUGAUUAUACCCAAUGCUGGUCUUGGCUUUGCCAUUGGUAUGGUGGAUUCUUCUAUGAUGCCCGAAUUAGGUUAUUUAGUGGAUAUACGUCAUUCGGCAGUUUACGGAAGUGUUUAUGCUCUUGGUGAUGUGGCUUUCUGUAUGGGCUUUGCCGUUGGUCCUGCCCUAAGUGGUACUCUGGUAAAAACGAUUGGUUUUGAAUGGAUGUUAUUCGGUAUUGCUAUAUUGUGUUUCCUGUAUGCUCCGCUGCUGACACUGCUUAAGAAUCCCCCGACACGUGAGGAAAAGAAGUCCCUCAUCAUUGGCGAACGUCCAGCGGUACGUUAUGUUACAUAUCAAAAUUACGACGAUGACGAAUAAUUACAACUCUCUCACUCUAAUGGCUAACGAUUCUCACUAAAAAAAACUAACGAAAAAAUGCACGAUUCUACGAUAAAAGAAAACUAUAUAGAAAAAAUCUCAAAAAAAAAAAUACUCAACCAAUAAUAUCAGAAAUAUCAUAUGAAAAAUUUAUUGUUUUUUUGGUUAAAAAGCUUUUGAUGUUUUUUUUUCUAAUUUUAUUUUAUUACUUGUUGAAAUUUAAACAAAUAUUUCAAUAUUUAUUAAAAAAAAGCAAAUGGUUUUAAAGAGAAAAACCACAAA